AUGAGGCUCCGUCGGAUGACGCGUACGAACGUGCAGAUCUCCGAUCCCUUCACCCUCCUGCUCACCUCCGCGCUCUGGAGAGUCCGUUCCGAACUAUGUCGAGGGCUGUAUACACUGGCUGCCUUGGAUCGUGAGCAGGAAAUGGAAUAUGACCUGGUUGUGAAGGCGACAGAUGGGGGCGGUCGGUCCUGCCAGACAGACAUUCUUUUGGCCAUCAAAGAUGUGAAUGACAACCCCCCAAAAUUCUCUAGCAAUCACUAUGUGGUCACUGUUUUUGACAACACAACAGUGAAAACACCCAUUGCUGUUGUCAAUGCUAAAGACCCAGAUUCUGGUAUAAACUCAGAGGUGAUGUAUUCCCUCAUAGACUCUGCUGGAGACUACUUCUCAAUUGAUGAAUUCUCUGGGAUUCUUCGGCUGGAGAAGACCCUGUCUGAUGAACCCCAGUCCACCUUUGACCUGAAGGUGAAAGCCAAUGACCUGGGCCUGCCCCGUUACCUGUCCUCCCUCACAACGGUGACUGUGAAUGUAGUGGACUUGAGUGACUACAUCCCGGUAUUCCUGCACAGUGAAUACACCACAGCCAUCCCAGAAGGGUCUGCCCUGGGUGCGGAGGUGCUAAACGUCUUUGCGCUGACCCGGGACAGAGUGCAGAAUGUGGCGAUCCUUUAUGACAUAAUCUCUGGGAACGAGCAUGGCAAAUUCUCCAUCGAUUCCAAAACUGGUCUCUUGUCUGUGAACGGGACUCUGGACUUUGAACAGUGUACCGAGUACUACCUAUCAGUGGAGGGUGUGAGAGAGGGGUCGUCCUCUCUCAGUGACAUCACAAUGGUCAUCAUUAACAUCACUGACGUCAAUGACAAUCCACCCCGAUUCAGCCAAGCAGUCUAUAGCACUGAGGUGGCUGAGGACAUUUCUCUGGGAAGCGUUGUCAUCUUGGUUUCAGCUGACGACCUCGAUGGGCCACUCAACAAUCAGAUCUACUAUUCCAUCGAGAGUGGGGACCCGCAGCAGCACUUCAGCAUCGACCCAGAGAGUGGAGAGAUCCGGCUCUCGCGACACCUCGACAGGGAGGAGCUGUCCAGCUUCACUAUGAAGGUGCGAGCCGAAGAUAACGGAGCCCCCCCUCAGUUCAGCAUUGCUACGGUGACUGUGAAGGUUUUGGAUGUUAAUGACAAUCCACCCGUCUUCUUCCAGCUCAACUACAGCCUACUCAUCCAGGAGAGAUCCCCCGUGGGCAGCAGUGUGCUGAGGCUCAUGGUGACCGAUAGAGACACUCCCCCAAACGGUCCCCCCUUCUCCUUUCGCAUCACUGCUGGGGACAUUGGGAAGGAGUUCCAGAUUGACAGCGAGGGGCUCCUGAUGAGCGUGGCAAUCCUGAGGAGGAGAACGAAGGAGGAGUACCUGCUGCAGGUGCAGGUGACAGAUAGUGGCUACCCCCCUCUGUCCUCCUCCACUUUCAUAAAGAUUAGCAUCAUUGAGCAGAGCCAGUACCCACCUUCUGUGUUGCCCCUGGAAAUCUUCAUCACCACUGCCAACGACAACUUUUCAGGCAGAGUCCUCGGGAAAAUCCACGCUACCGACCAAGACCUCCAUGACGUGCUUUCGUACCAAUUGCUUUCGGAAUCGCCACCCAGCCACAGUUUCACGGUCAGCGCUGCGGAUGGCAAGAUCAUUGCCAGCGACCUCCUGGAACCAGGCCAGUACACCCUGAACGUGAGCGUGACGGACGGGAAGUUCACAACCCCAGCCACGGUUCACAUCUCCGUGUGGGGAGCCACGCAGCACGUGCUGGACCAGGGCGUCACCCUGAAGCUUACGGGGAUGACGCCAGAGGAGUUUAUCGUGGAUCACUGGAGGAACGUGCAGAGGUAUCUGGGAAACACCCUGGGGGUACAGAAGCAAGGCGUGCACAUCGCUAGCUUGCAGCAGGAGCCGAACUCACUGGUCCUGGACGUGCUGCUGGUGCUGAAGCAGCGGGACAGUCCUGCAGCCAAAGCCCACCUCCUGACCUCGAUGCUCCCACGCUCAGUCCAGGAGAUCGAGGAUUUGCUCGGCAUGCAGAUCACAAAGGUGAAGCAUGGUUUAUGCAAGGGGCCAAGCUGCCCACCGGCAGGCUGUAAGUCCACGGUUCGGAUGGAUGCACAGAGUGUCUCUACAUACGCCACGGCGAGGAUAAGCUUCAUCACCCCUCAGCAUGUCUGGGAAGUGGUCUGUUCUUGUAAUGAGUCAGCUAUCAGAUUCUCCGGUAACAGCUAUCUCCAGUACAAGUACCUGAACACAUUGAAAAACAACCACCUCAGGCUGUCCCUGCGUCUAAAAACACACCAACUGCAGGGCAUGGUCAUGGCCACCAAUGGGACUGACACGGGGGCACUGGAGGUUAUCAACGGUGAGCUCAAGUUUGAAUACAGCUGUGGCAGAACCCCCCCUAAAACCCUGGGGGUGCGGAAUGUGACUGUGUCCGACGGGCGCUGGCACCGGGUUCUCCUAGAGGUGAACGGGACGGUCCUGAGACUGAGCCUCAACAAUAUCCAUUCCACCUCGAUCACGCUGGCAGCACCCUGUCGACUGCUCCAGUCCCAAGGUUUUCUGGUGUUUGGGGGGCUUGUUCAGGCGCCCCCUGCUGACAGGAGCCAGCAGAUUCAGGUCCAGCUGGGAUUCAGGGGCUGCCUCGACGCACUCGAGCUCAAUGGAGAAGCCAUAAAGAGCAUAGAGAAAGCAGGGGUGCAAAUGCCUGGAGAGAGAAAGGUCUCAGGGAUCUAUCAUUGCUGCUCCCAGUCAGAAAGCUGCACCAGUAACUCGUGCCGGAAUGGAGGGACAUGCCAGGAUACUCCUACUGGAGAGUUCCUGUGUAACUGCGCUCCACAAUACUUUGGCUCUCGCUGUGAGAUAGCAGACAACCCAUGCCUGUCUAAUCCCUGCUUGCAUGGAAGGCAGUGUGUGCCAAGCAGCAAGGGUUACCUCUGCAACUGUCCACAGCCAGACACUAGAAACAGUAUAUCCCGGGCACCCAGACUACUAUUGCCCUCCUGUUAUCAGAGAGUAUGAGAUUGUGGAGGAGCCCUACCCUCCGCCGCCCCCUGUCGAUCCUCACCAAGUCGUUCAGUUUUCUGGCUUCCCCUUCCCCCUGGAGCGCUACGACAGACGGGC